CUUUUUGUUUAUGCUGUCGACAGUGGAUGACAGCGGCUGCAGAGCUUCAGAGAAUACGACGCCGUUGGGAAAAUAGGAUGCGUUUGUGAUAUUGUGUAGCUAACUAGCUAGUUAGUUAAUAUUUCGCACUAUUCUGUCUAAAGUCUUUGUCUUUGUGGAGUGUUACCGGAAAAGUUUCCCUGAUAGCUGUUCACAGUGGCCGCAGUCCGUUAGCUAACGUUAUAGCUAAACCGGAGACGGGAUGUAAAUUAAUCCAGACGGGACCAGCCCUAGGAGCCGGUAGCAGCAGUCAGUCACACCCUUGUCUGGGAUUUCUGAAGGAACCCUCUGAGCAACAUUAAAUUGCUAUCCUUCGCAUGUUAUGGUGUUUUAUAUAAAUAAAUGUUAGCCUCAUACUUCUGAAUUGGAGUUUUAGAGCAAUAGUGUGAGUUAACUGGGAAGUGUGGACUGGAUAUGACUGACUCAUCAUUAUGGCACGGACAGAGGAGAUAACCCUGAACAGUCUGACUGCUGCAGUGCCAACCAGAUAGCCUCAUAACUUGCUUGAAAGCUAAGUUUCAAUCGUUUCUAUUAUAUACUUCCCAUCGUAGUCAACGUGGCAUUAUGAAUUCCCCGAUAUACACAUUUGUCACCCGUGACGACAACAGCACUGUUUAUGCAGAAGUUUCCAAAAUCCUCCUCUCAACUGGACAAUGGAAGAGGCUGAAAAAAGACAAUCCGAGAUUCAACUUAAUGCUUGGUGAACGGAACAGACUGCCCUUUGGGCGUCUAGGUCAUGAACCAGGACUGGUGCAACUGGUGAAUUACUACAGAGGAGCAGACAAGCUUUGCAGAAAGGCGUCCUUGGUCAAGCUUAUAAAGACCAGCCCAGAGCUGUCCGACUCCUGUAACUGGUUCCCAGAAUCCUACAUCAUCUAUCCUACUAACCUCAACACUCCUGUUGCUCCAGCUACGAAUGGCAUUAGCCAUCUGAAGAACAAUCCCAAGACGGAUGAGCGGGAAGUUUUCUUGGCCUCCUAUCACUCUAAAAAAGAAAGUGGGGAAGGCUCAGUUUGGAUAGCUAAGUCCUCUGCUGGAGCUAAAGGUGCUGGUAUUUUGAUAUCCCAUGAUGCUAAUCAGCUGCUGGAGUAUAUUGAUAAUCAGGGACAGGUUCAUGUUAUUCAGAAGUACCUGGAGAAACCUUUGCUUCUGGAGCCGGGACAUCGGAAGUUUGACAUCAGGAGCUGGGUGUUAGUGGACCAUCAAUACAACAUCUAUUUAUACCGGGAGGGUGUGCUGCGGACUUCCUCAGAGCCCUACAACAGCUCUGACCUACAGAACAUGACCAGCCACCUGACCAACCACUGCAUCCAGAAGGAGCACUCCCAGAACUACGGACGAUAUGAGGAAGGGAACGAGAUGUUCUUUGAUGAGUUCAGGCUGUACCUGCUGAACACUCACAGUGUCACCCUGGAGACCACCAUAUUACCUCAGAUCAAGCAGAUCAUAAAGAGCUGUCUGACAUGUAUUGAGCCGGCAAUCAGCACCAAACACCUGUCCUACCAGAGCUUCCAGCUCUUUGGAUUUGAUUUCAUGGUGGACGAGAGCUUCAAAGUGUGGCUUAUUGAGAUCAAUGGAGCUCCAGCCUGUGCACAGAAACUAUAUCCUGAGCUAUGUCAAGGUAUUGUGGAUGUGGCCAUUUCCAGUGUCUUCACCCUGAACAGUAGCGGUGACUCUUCAUCUGCUUCCUCUUCACCUUAUUCCUCCUCCCCAUCCUCCAUGUUCAACACCAACUCCUGCUCCUCUCCCAAACUGAGAGCGCCUCUUCACGUGGGCCCUUUCACUCGACUGUAAGCACACAAAUAUUCCCCUCGUCUCCUCCAUACUAGAAGCUUCUACAUGCUCUGUCCUCACUCCUAAACUCUACCUGAGAAGUAGCACAGGCCAGCGAGCCGAGCCUUUAAUUAUACCUUGCCUGACGCACCUGGAGGGAAUCUUUCUUUUUAUGGAAAUCACUGAACUGCAGAAAUGAGCUCUGCUCUCCUGAUUAUGCAUAUUAUGAAUGUGAGGAUGGUUAUGAACUGAUCAACAAACUUUGUGGGAGUUUCUGAAUGAGGACAGACGCCCUUCCAUCUCAGUUCCAACACCAGUUUCUCCCCGAGCAGAUUAAUGGAGGUCUGAAGGAUGCAGAGACGCUGAACUGAGACUGUAGUGCCUUACAUUUCCAGCCACUCUCCCUUAAAAAUAUUGCCAGUUAGCUUGCUCUGUUACUGUGACUUGUACUUGUUCUAUAAGCCUUUGCACUGUUGCUCAAUAAAGUCAAUGCGGUCAUGAUCAGUCCACAAUAAUUAGCAUAUAACAGAUCUUAAUGAUGAAUUUGUGUAAUUUUGAAUGCUAUUUUUCUCAUCAGACACGUUUCUCAUUUAUUGUUUUUUAUUGCCAAACGAAUGUGUCUGAUGAGCCAAACAUUCAAGAUGUCAAGGUUUUCCUUGAUAAUCAACAUUCCUCUUAACUCAACCGUGUGGACACAACAUAUUAUUUACAUUCAGGGCAGCUGGAUGGCAUAGGUGAACAGGGAGACCGUCCCUCAUCUGGUAAACCCAGGUUUAAGGCCAUCCCAACAAGUUCUGCUGAAGUGUCUCUGACCUCUGACCUCUGUAUGGCAGAGAGGAAAGAGAAAAGAGAACUCUCAUACGGGGAUCAAUAAAGUAUUAGCCUACAUUAUUCUGUUCUAAACAAAGUCUUUACAAAAUAGUCCAGCGAGAAAAACUUUGAUGUUUAUUUGUCAUUUAAAGAGAGCAUGUUUGUGUGAAAGCAUGUAGUGGUAUGCAUCCUCAUGCAAGCUGCCUCAGCACAUUUUGCCCCAGUUUGUAAAGAGCUGCCCUAAUGUCUGUGUUUUAUUUCUGAUGGGUGAAAAGCUAGACUGUCAGUGUAAAGUGUUGUGGAUUAUGUUUUUGAACUGUGUAGAGUAGAUUGUACAGAGUGUGUUAGUGGUUAUUAAAAGCAUUUAAAGACCCCAUGAAAUGAAACUGACUUAACACAAUAAACGUUUACAUAUAAGAUAACUUAGCUGAUGGAGACCAAAAACCCUACUUCAUACUUCUUACAAUUGUCUUGUAAAACACAUUGUGUCUGAUGUGUUAUUACCAGCGGCUGCAAGGAAGUCACACUAUACAGACACAGGUCUUCGUCUCAUCACUGACUGUUAUUCAGUUACUACUAGUGUUUGAUCAUGUCACCGUCUGACACAUUCUACCCUCUUGUUUUUGUGUUGCAUUUCAUGAAUGACUGAUUUUUUUGUUUCAUGGGGUCCUUAAAAUACUUCAGUUUUUCACUUUUCUUUUGACAAAAUCUCGUGAAUAGAUGAGACCUUAGAGGUGUAAUUGUUCAAGAUUUGUGUUAAAUAUAUUUUAUGUUACUGUUUGAACUGUUUGUUAGAAAGGAAUGUUUAGUUUUUCCUUAGACAUGAAACUUUAAAUUAGCUAAAAAUUGUGAUGACUGCACUUUGGAUAGUUGUUUCAACUGUUGUGUUUCCAGGGGCUCAUUUUAAACACAGAAUAAGUCAUUAUAGGAGUUUUAGUAGGUAUGUCUCUCAUAAUGUUAUAAUCCCUGCUGUUCCUCUCUUUUAACCUCAGUUCAAUGUGAGGCUUUACUUCCCAUGGUGUGAGUAACAUAAGUUAAGGGACACCAUCAGAGCAUUUAUUUAUGCUUUUAAUUGCUGUGUAUUUGUGUUUACAAGAUGACUCUGGGAAAUGAAGAAUAUGCUGAAGGUCAGACAGAAGGAAUAGUUACAGAGCUAAUUACACACACAAAAUUCAAUCAUUUUCUUUUAAAGACACAGGAUUAUAAACAUGAAUCCUAGUAACUAAGAACAAUGUGGUGAAUCAAUUUCUGUGCUGUAUUACAUAGCCCUGCUGUAGCUGAAAUGAUGUUUGAAAGUUUGGAAAGAUAUUGAAGUAAGUAGAAAAUGGAUAUUUAUGUCAUGAUUGUGUUGGCAAAUGGAUUACAAGUGUUUGCUGAUUUGUGAAGUAUCAAAAGCAAACUAUCAGUAUUUGUUUUUAUUAAAUUUGUAGGGAAAUGUCUUUCCUUCAAAGGGAAGGGUGCCUUAGAGGGAAUUGCAUAUUGAUAAAAAGAAGCAAUGGACCUCCAGCAUUUAAACGCACCUUCAUUUGUUUGUUUGAGGAAAAUUCACUUUGAUACAUUCAUUAUUACACCUGUUUUCAAUUCAAUUAUGUAAUUUCCUCUUAUUUAGAGUUUCUUUGCACAUCUGACUCCAUUUAUCAUGUUUUUCUCACGUGUUUCAUAUUUUUCCUGGAUUUCUUCAUCUUUACCAAAGAUAAAAUUCAUGCUGUAUUUUCAGUGUCACAUACUGUUUUGUAGUUGCUAUAAUCUGGACAUUAUCACAUCAACUGGCCAACAUGAUCCAAAAGCAGGUAUCAUAUUCAGAGGGAUGUCUGUGCUGUGUUUUUGUUAGGUGAUGUUUUAUCCAAAAUCUUGCAUGGACAUUUGUCUUUAUCAGAAACAAUAUUACUAGAAUAAAAAAUAUUACUAUUACCAA